CUGCCUGCCUUCCUCCACAAGGAACAAUCUCAGAAAAGAAAAUUAGAAUAGAGUCGAGAAGAAGAAUGCCCAUCGUUCUGCCCCCACCGCCACCAACACGAUGCUAGCCGCACCCGGCCAGAAGGCCGCUGCGGCGGUGGACAACGAUGACGCAGUGGCGCUCGAGUCGCUCGAGAUAACCGAAGUGCUCGCAUUGGUGCAGCACGCCACGACGCAGAUCCAGUCCCUGACGCGCUCCAACGCCUCGAUCGCAGCGCUCCUCGCGGGCAGGGCCGACGGCGGUGGCGACGGCAGCGAUGGUGGCGAUGGCGGCGAGCAGGACGAGGUGCUUGAGCUGGAUGAGGAGGACCGCGCGGAGCUGGCGCUGGCGCUGCGCGAGAACCGCGACAUCAUAGCAAGAAAGAAGGCGAGGCUGGAGAGACUCAUUGGCAUCUACGAGGCCAAGGGGGGCGAGGCGAGCACGUCGCUGGGUGAGGCGCGGGCGGCACUGCUGGAGCCCGAAGCCGCCGGUCCGGCUGAUGAGACGGCAGCGCAAGAGCAAGAGCAACAGCCGAUGGACGAAGAUGACGGGGGCAUUACGCUCUGACGGACGGACCAGACGCUGCACAUGUCAGAUGGAUGGAUGAAUGGAUGGAUGGAUGGAUGGAUGGGGGAUGUAAAGGAGCCGGCUUGUAAUAGUACAUGGGAAAUGGGAAAAUGGAAACAGAGGACUGCAACUUGUUUACAUCAAAGAAGAGGGGAGGGAAGGGGAAACGAGGCACAGGGAGAAACAAGAAGUCAUUGUG